CCAAAUCCAAACCCCCCCACCCCCUCCUCUCCAAUCUAUAAAUCCCUUCAAAUCUCUCUUCCCCCUCUCCACUCAAAUUCCGCUUCGUUUCGUCUUCGUCUUCGACUUCGAAUUUGAUCGUCUAGGGUUAGGGUUUUGGUAUCAGCGCCGAUGUCGGGGAGGGGGAAGGGGGGGAAGGGGCUGGGGAAGGGCGGGGCGAAGCGCCACCGCAAGGUGCUCCGCGACAACAUCCAGGGGAUCACGAAGCCCGCGAUCCGGCGCCUGGCGCGGCGCGGCGGGGUGAAGCGCAUCAGCGGGCUCAUCUACGAGGAGACGCGCGGCGUGCUCAAGAUCUUCCUCGAGAACGUCAUCCGCGACGCCGUCACCUACACCGAUUUUUUUGGGAUUGGGAGGUUAAGAGGGCGUCCUUGCUGGGUUUGGGAUUUGGGAUUUGAAAUGGGAGGCUUCGGCAUCUCCCACGCCGGGACCGCGAACUCCCGCAUCUGCUGCAGGUACCGCCACUGGCAGAACGCCGCCCGCACGNGAUGUUUUUGGCUUUGA